AUGUCUCGACUCGUCAAGAAAUCUCCAUCGCUUUGUACGGAUCUACCACUGGGCAACACUGAUAUUUGUAACAGGCUCCAUUUGCUAAGACAGCUUUUGAGAUCUUGUAUUGGUCCGACAGGUAGACUAAAACAAGUUCAUAACAACAUUGGAGGACACGUUAUAACUACCUCAACCUCCUCAGUUCUCCUUCCAGCCAUUUCCUCAUCACAGCCUUUUAUAAAUCUGAUAAAAACCUCCAUUCUCAACCACGUUUCUCGUUUCAGUGACUGUGGUUUGUUUGCUUCCAUUCUUUGUUUGUCUCUUAUUGAGCAAGCAAAGCAGUCUGGUCUCCGAGGAAAUGUGGCUACCAGCGUGAACAAGCACUUGUUGGGUCUGUGCACUAGUUACCUACAACGACAAGACUGUGGUUGUAAAGUGAAGCUCGACUUCUGCAGCAGCCAGAGCUUGAUCACAUUAGCUCGCAGUAUUAUCUCUAGCAAACCAGCAUGUGUGCUAACCGAGCGAGAGGCACUUCACAUCAGCAAGUUGGCUGUACAAGCUUUUUUGCUGACUGUUCCCUGUAACAACCCGGGUAUAGUCAGUCUUGGCAAAAUAGUGACCGUCUCUGUUGAAGGUCAUUCUGUGCUAAACUCUGCAGUGUUUCCAGGUUUACUGGUGGACAUGCCUGAUGUCUUUUGCCUCAACAAGGUAGAGAACCUGCAUUCAAAUCCAAUGUGCAUGGUGGUGUUCAGUGCAUCUCUUGCUGGAGACCUUUCUGACCUGGGAGGGACAAUUGAGGUGCACCCGGGUGUAGACACAGACUCGCAGAUAUUGGAUCAGCUCCUAAAGCUCGGUGAACAGGUGGUUAAAGAUGAGGUGAAGCUCUUUAUAUGCCAGAAGGUCAUACACCCAGUCCUACAGCAAUACCUGAGGAGCCAUGGCAUCGUAGUGAUAGAGAGACUGGGAAUCACUCUCAUGGAGCCACUUACGCAGCUGACAGGGGCUCAACCUGUGGCUACAUUGCACAUCACAAUCCCAACCAAGGCCUACGGGAAGGUGAGGGAUCUCAGUAUUAAGCAGUUUGGAUCCAAGACAAUGCUGCAUUUACAACCGCCUGGGGAUUCGGCGAUCUGCACCAUGAUCCUCUGCCACAGGAACGAGACAAUGUUAAGUGAGCUAAAGGUGGUUUGCCAGAAGACUGAACAUGUGUUGAGGCUCACCCUGAGGGAACCAGCUGCCUUACUUGGAGGUGGGUGUACUGAGACCCACUUAGCUGCCUACGUAAGACACAAGAGCAUGGAUAAAGUCACAGAGACAGUAUCUGUACUAGGGUGCUCACAGACAGAGUACCUUCGCGGCGUGGAGGGAUUUUGCCAAUCUCUGGAGUCUGUGGCCGCAGCGCUGCAGCACGACGGUGGGAAUUCUUUAAUGGAUCUGACUCAUGCUCACCACUGGAGUCACCCUGCAGAUGUCAUGGAAGAACGCAUGGAGGAUAGCUCGGGCUUUUGUGGCUGUGGACUGGUGGAAAGUAGCACUAAUCAGAAGUGGACUUACUUAAACACUAAAUACCCACAGUUCUCCCCUGCACCUCUUUUUAGAGUCCCUACUGUGCAGCCACGUGUGCUUGACUCCUUCACGGCUAAACUCAAUGCAUUGCAAGUUGCUGUAGAAACUGCUAAUCUUGCACUGGACGUGCGAUAUCUAAUUCAAGAUAUGAACUAGCAAAUUAAGCAUUUUAUCCAGUGUGGAACUCUGGUUUAUAAUGAUGAAAAUGAGAAAUAAAUGCUGUUUUUUAUUUAUCAGUUUAGACACUAGAUGUUAGCAUUGCUUUGAGUGAAAAUUGAUUGAAUCCUGGUGGCAGUCAGUGAGAAUGUCUUGUGAUUUACCUAUUUAAGUCAUGGACUUA